AUGUUCACUCGAGUUGCUCGCAUUGCCACACGCUCUGCUGUCUGUCGUAAGCCAUUUGUGGGUCUACGUGUAUGUCUGACACGCGACAAGUCUUCUCUUGCUGCAUUGCUCCACCGCGAGAUCAAGGAAGAAAAGGCCAAUUGCUAUGAGGAAUCAGAACUAGAGGAUUUACGUGUCAAAGUGGAAAAGGUGUUCAAGAUAAAAGAGUCUUCUGGCUGUAUGGACGUCAUUUUGCAGGGCUCUGUGGAUGAUGACUCGAUCAAGAUCAAGUUCAAUGCACAGGACACCGUGGAGCUUGAGGAUGACGAUAUGGGAUAUGACGAAGAGCACGAGCAGGAGCAAGAGGAAGAAGAGGAGGUAGAUGAGGAAGAAGACGAUGAACUUCCUGGUGUUCGCUUCACGGCGGAUGUGAUCCGUGACAACAAAGGGCUGCAGUUUGACUGUGUAGCCGGUAGUAAUCUGACGGUGGAACGCGUACGCUACCUGCAUGACUUUGCCAAAGACGAUGAAGACGAGACGCUAUAUUUUGGCCCUAACUUCAUCGAUCUCGAGCUCGACGUGCAAGAUAAGUUUUACAGCUACCUGGCCGAGCGCAAGAUCGACGACGAGUUGGCACAAUUUAUUGCGCAGUUUGCUGAUCUAAAGGAGCAGCGCGAGUACCUGACCUUCCUCGAAGACGCCGAAACCUUUGUCAAACACUAA